AGUGGGUGUUUUCCAAAUUACAAUAUUCAGUUUUUCACCAACUGGUCGGAAGAUUUGAAAUUGUGCACUGAAAGAGUGGAGGUUGAGAACCACGUUAUAUUAAAUUCGUCGAAGUAAAUAACGAGAAGUAAAGGAAACAAGGAUGACAUCCAGUGAUGAUGAAUCUGCGUCAUCAUUCGAUGAUAAUGUUUCAUUUAUUGAUAGUGAAGAAGGUGAAAUAUUGCCACAAGUUGAUGUCCCUAAAGAUAUUGAACUGAAGUCUGUAAUUGUUGAUAUAUGUUGCCAUCCCAAGAAAAAUGUGAUAGCAGCUGGAACUAUUGAUGGUCCUGUGCAUUUGUAUUCAUUUGAAAAAAAUAGCGAAUGUAAAGAAAUUCUUACUUUUGAACAUCAUAAAAAGUCUUGUAGAGCUGUGAAAUAUUCACAAUCAGGAAAUUACCUUUUUACAGCCUCCCAAGAUACAACAAUUUAUGUUGUUGACCUUGAAACCAAUUCUGUGCAUCGUAAAUUUUCCCGGCCAGAUGGAUCGCCUAUUUAUUCUUUAUUACCUGUGGAUGAUUAUUUUUUAGCUGCAGGAGAAGAUGGAGGGCAAGUAGUUAUAUGGGAUUUUCGAAUGCAAGCUCCUAUAGCUUGUUUUGAAGACUGUGAUGAUUAUAUCAGCAGCUUGUGUGUAAAUAAAGAAAAAAAAAUUCUUUUAUCAACCAGUGGAGAUGGUCUGCUUUCAGCUUAUAAUGUACGCUCAGGGAAAAUGAUGGCACAGUCAGAAGCAUUUGAUUAUGAAUUAUUAUCUUCUGCUAUUUUUAAAGAUGGAAGUAAAGUUGUUGUUGGUGAUAGUGAUGGUUCUUUGGACUUUUUUAAUUGGGGUGAGUUUGGUAGCAUAAGUGACAGAUUUCCUGGCCAUCCUGGUACUGUUGAUGUUUUAGCUGUUGUUGGUGAUGAUGUUGUAUGUACAGGCUGUGAAGAUGGUAAAAUAAGAGCUGUGCAGCUGUUCCCUAACAGGUUCUUGGGAAUUUUAGGAAGCCAUCAUGGUUUUCCAGUUGAAGCUCUUUCUGUUUCUCAUGAUUCAAGUGUGGUUGCAAGUUCAUCAUAUGACCAAAAAAUAAAAUUUUGGGAUUUGUCAAGUAUAGAAGAUGCUAAGUCAGAAGAGGUUGUUGACUCUAAGAAGGGAAAGCAGUUGAAUAAACAGAUAGAUAGCUUUUUCUCUGAUUUAGCUGACUAAUUUAUAUUUCUGUAUGACAUUAUUGUAGAAUAUUAAUCUGUAAUUAAAAUGUUUUGAAAUAAGUUAUAGUUCAAA